CUUCUUCUUGCAUUCUCCGCCCAUCUUCUCCGCCCCUCUUUAUACGCUCUUUUCUCCUCUCUUUCUUCUACAAGUUUCCCUUUUUCCAAUCUCUGAUCUUUCUUUUUCUUCCUUCAACAAAAAUGUCUUCCACUUUUUCUUCUUCCAUCAACACCAUAACACCCCGCUCUUUUUCAACUAAUAACUCUUCACUCACUCCCUUUCUGGGAUCCACCCGUCACCUCCGUUUCAAUCCUCUUACUAACUCUGCGUUGCCUCUUCCAAAGCUUCGCCAAUCCAGCAUCGUUGCUGUCUCUGAUGUUAAGGAAAAAAACCUCAAAUCUUCUCCAUCUGUUGGCAAUGUGUUGAUAACAAAGGAGGAAGGAUUGGAGCUCUAUGAAGACAUGGUUUUGAGCAGGAUAUUUGAAGACAUGUGUGCCCAGAUGUACUACAGAGGCAAAAUGUUUGGCUUUGUUCAUUUAUACAAUGGCCAAGAAGCUGUUUCCACUGGUUUCAUUAAAUUGUUGAGGAAACAAGACACUGUUGUUAGUACUUACAGAGACCAUGUUCAUGCUUUAAGUAAAGGAGUGUCUGCUCGUGAAGUUAUGAGUGAGCUCUUUGGGAAGACCACUGGCUGUGUUAGAGGCCAAGGUGGGUCUAUGCACAUGUUCUCUAAAGAACAUAAUUUGAUUGGUGGAUUUGCAUUCAUUGGUGAAGGGAUACCUAUUGCCACUGGUGCUGCAUUUACUUCAAAGUACAAACGAGAGGUUUUGAAGGACAGUAAUUGUGAUGAUAUCACUGUUGCCUUCUUUGGAGAUGGUACCUGUAACAAUGGACAGUUUUUUGAGUGUUUAAAUAUGGCAGCAUUGUGGAAAUUGCCCAUUGUGUUUGUGGUCGAGAACAACUUGUGGGCAAUUGGGAUGUCACAUUUGAGAGCAACCUCUGAUCCCGAGAUAUGGAAGAAAGGGCCUGCCUUUGGAAUGCCUGGUGUUCAAGUAGAUGGAAUGGAUGUCUUGAAGGUGAGAGAAGUAGCUAAGGAGGCAACUGAGAGAGCUAGAAGAGGGGAUGGACCCACUUUGGUUGAAUGUGAAACCUACAGAUUUAGAGGACAUUCUUUGGCUGAUCCUGAUGAGCUUCGUGAUCCUUCUGAGAAGGCUCACUAUGCAGCAAGAGAUCCCCUCACAGCUUUGAAAAAGUACAUGAUUGAGAGCAAAUUGGCCAGUGAAGCUGAAUUAAAAGCCAUAGAGAAGAAGAUUGAAGAGUUGGUUGAGGAUUCUGUGGAAUUUGCAGAUGCAAGCCCCCAUCCACCUAGAAGUCAGCUGCUGGAAAAUGUAUUUGCUGAUCCAAAAGGCUUUGGAAUUGGCCCUGAUGGAAGGUACAGAUGUGAGGAUCCCAAAUUCACAGAAGGAACUGCCCAUGUCUAGUUCUUAUGUAAUGGUCAGAAGUCCAUUCAUAUUAUAGUCAUUACUUCCUUCUUACUGUAAUUUCCAUUUUGCUGAAUGCUCAGGAUACUCAUGCUGUGCUUUUAAUUUUCAAUUUAAUAAUUAAGCCCCCAAUACGAUUCUAUAAGAAA